AUGGCUAAAAAAGAGACAGAAUCAAAGAACACAACAUGGAAAGAAACCGGAAUAUGCAGGAAGUGUUUGUGCAAAGAUGAUAAAAUAGAUUGUUUUGAUCAAAGCAUUGAUAAGUUCUUCACUAAGCAAGAAUGGAAUGACGUCAAAGAAUUCAAACCAAAGACAGUAGACCUCAGCGAGAACAGAUUUACCAAUGUGACAGCGAUAGCAACUCUACCCAUAGAGACUUUGAAUCUGUCUAGAUGCGCCAUAGAGUAUAUAGAAAAUGCUAGCUUUAAAGAGUUACAGUACAUGCGUGUGCUUGAUUUGAGUCAUAACAAGCUCACUUCGGCCAAACUGAGUCCACAUGCUUUUGAGGGUCGUUUUUCUCCUGAAGAAUAUGAGCCGCUUGCGUCAAUGAGGACGUUGAGUCUGGCGUACAACGACUUGCAUUCGCUGAAUCAAGAUUUGUUUGAGCACCUGCCAGAACUCACUGAGUUGGACCUGAGUGGGAACCCACUCACGACUAUUGACCAUGUCACGCUGAUUGCUAUAUCCAGUUUGCCUAUGUUGAAGGUUCUGCGCAUGCGUUCCUGUCAGCUAACAGAGAUACCAGACAAGUUUCUGCACACGCCUAGAUAUUUAGAAAGCCUUGAUCUAAGUGACAAUAAAAUGAAGGCUGUGCCGCUAGAAUUGGAGGAAACGAAGAAUUUACUAUAUUUAAACCUAAAUCAAAACCCAAUUAGGGAAUUGGACGCGAACAGUGAGGAGAAUCCCGGAUUCCCCCGUCUGCGCAAACUGAAAGAAUUACACAUGUGCAAUAUGGUGGAGCUAUCUAGAAUCGGCGCAGGCGCAUUGGCUGGACUGCAAAAUCUAGAAAAACUCCACAUGAGUUUUAAUCCCAAACUCACGUAUAUAGAUCCCAAAGCUUUGGCCAGACCUGAUGAUAUUGGGGAGAAUUAUGACUGGCCCCUAGUUAAGGAGCUUUACCUCCAAUCAAACAACCUAUCAGAGAUAGACACUCGUCUGCUCUCGCGGUGGGACUUGCUGCAACGUUUGGAUGUUUCCAACAAUCCAUUCUUGUGCGACUGCUCCACACAGUGGAUGGUGGAUAUGUUGGUGCCUAUUGUGGAUGCUAAGGGCACAGCUAAUGCUAGUGAGAAGAUGGUCUGUCAAGAACCAAUCGAAAUGAAGGGAUAUACAAUGAAACACUUGCACGACAUCCACCGGACGAUGCGAUGCGUUGACAAAUAUGGUCACAGACCUGAGAGGGAUGGGGCCAUCCUGCUGGGGACACUUAUUGGCGUUCUCCUAGCGGUGCCAAUAAUGUUUGGUCUGAUGAUGCUCUGGCGGCAUGGCUACUUCUCAGUCUGCGGCCUCCGGGGCCCCGUCGACGUGUCCAGGGCCUUCUAUAAGCGGGCCCCAGCUGAGGACAAUUAUAUUUAGGGGCUUUUUGGAUAUAAAGUUUAGGUUUUUUAUGGUUUUUAUGUGAUUGAUGUUUUAAUAAAUGUUUAGAGAGAAAUAAUUUGUAUGAGAAUUGUUAUAUUUUACAUGAUUUUAUAUAUUGCUACGACUUCCAUUCAAAAGAUAGGAAAUAUGUAAUACUG